CCCCCGCCUUUCCCCGGACACCACACAUCACUGCCCAGCCUCAGAACGAACUUCUACCUAACGCUAUCAUUUUUCCUAGCGUUAUACCGCCGAUCUCCGCCGAGCCCCAGGUUCUCUUCGAAAGAUGGUAUCUGGGUUUUACAGCUUAAAGUCGUUCAACCCAGGUGCGACUCCCUAAGAAGAAGGACCGCGACGGCGAGGGACUGGUGGUCUCCAAAUCGACGUCAUCACGAAUCAAAACAACAUUCCCCAUUUCGACGGAAACUGCACGACACCCAACUUCUCCCGGAAAAAUUCCUUGAGCUUGCAAGCGAACUAUUCCACACAGGCCUCGCAUCACCAGGUCGAUAUUCUCGGAGUAUGGCAAUUGAGGAAACAUCCGCACGAACCGGGCUCGAGCCCACUCCGAGGGAGAAAGUGACGGACCCUUCCCCAGGAUCACACCUAGACGAACAGAAGCUAAAGAAAUACUAUAUCGGCUCUAUUGACCAAGGAACCACAAGUACUCGCUUUAUUAUCUUCGACGGCAUUGGCCAGCCUGUCGCCCAACACCAGAUCGAGUUCUCACAGAAAUACCCGCAGCCAGGAUGGCAUGAGCAUGAUCCCAGGGAGAUCAUCAAAUCCAUCGAAGAAUGCAUAGAAGUUGCGGUGGAAGACUUUGUGGAGCUGGGUCAUGAAAUCUCCGACAUCAGAGCAGUGGGUAUCACCAACCAGCGUGAGACAACUGUUGUGUGGGACAGCAACACGGGUGAACCGUUAUAUAAUGCCAUUGUAUGGUCUGACACCCGGACCAGUGCCUUGGUCCGGACACUGAAGUCGAAAGAAGGUGCCGACGAGCUGCUGAACAUUACUGGCCUCCCGCUCUCCACAUAUCCGUCCUCUGUGAAACUCCUCUGGCUUCUUGAACAUGUUGAUCCCGUCAAGAAAGCUUAUGAGGAGGGCCGCCUAACUUUUGGGACCAUAGACGCAUGGAUAUUAUACAACCUCAAUGGAGGAAAGGAGAAGGAUCUAGUGGUUACAGAUGCCACGAAUGCAUCCAGGACCAUGCUGAUGAAUCUGCACACGGUGGAAUACGACGCCAAACUGCUCGACUUUUUCGGACUGGACGGCAAGAAGCUGAGGCUGCCCAAGAUCGUGCCAUCAUCCUCGGCUCAUGAGUUCGGACAUUUCGCCUAUGGCCCUCUGGAAGGGACACGGAUUGCAGGGUGCCUGGGCGACCAGUCCGCAGCGCUAGUUGGACAGCAAGCAUUCACGCCGGGUUCUGCAAAGAAUACGUACGGCACCGGAUGCUUCCUGCUGUACAACGUCGGCGAGAAACCCGUCAUUUCCAAGCAUGGACUCCUUGCCACUGUUGGUUACCACUUUGGUGGGAAGCGUGAGCCUGUCUAUGCGCUUGAAGGCAGCAUCGCUGUCGCAGGCAGUGGCGUGAAGUUCCUGAUGGACAAUCUUGGUUUCAUCUCGCAUUCCAACAAGAUCAGUGACCUCGCUGCCACUGUAGAGGACAGCGGUGGCUGCGUUUUCGUCACGGCUUUCAGCGGUUUGUUUGCCCCGUAUUGGAUCGACGAUGCUCGGGGAACCAUAUUCGGCAUCACCCAGUAUACCGAGCAAGGACAUAUCGCCAGGGCGACAUUAGAAGCUACCUGCUUCCAGACAAAAGCGAUCCUUGACGCCAUGGAGAAGGACAGUGGCCAUAAACUAACGGAACUUGCGGUCGACGGGGGUAUGAGCAGUUCAGACCUCUGCAUGCAGACACAAGCAAACAUCAUCGGCAUUCCCGUGAAUCGGCCUGCUAUGCGUGAGACGACGGCACUGGGGGCAGCUAUAGCAGCUGGGUUUGCCGUGGACGUCUGGAAAGAGUUUGACGAAUUAAAGGAGAUCAACCAAAAGGACCGCGUCAUCUUCGAACCGAACAUCACCCCAGAGCAGAGCGCUAAGAUGUUCAAGAGAUGGACCCGGGCCGUGGAGAUGUGCCGGGGGUGGGUCGACACUGACGAAGCGAAUGGGGAUUUCUGAUAUAAUAAUUGAGUCUGUUAUACAUCCGUAAACGGUCGCCUGCGUCUUCCUGGAUUUUGCACAUACGCCAGUUCCCCGUUGUCCGACGGUUGCGCAUGCACGAGAGCGGCACGUUUUUGCCUGGUCGAGGGAGGCACCCGUCGUUGAGGCGAGGAAGCGUGG